CACGACAAAACAUCGAGCAGCAGACGUAAGGAAGAAGUUGAUCGAGGAACAUGUUGAAAUUUGCCAGGCAUUUUCAUUAGCGACUCACCGUAACCGAUCGUGUUGUGCUUGUGUGAUAUAUAUAUUAUCGGUGUUUAGCUAGUGUAUUAUGAGCUACUCAUCCAUCGUAUAUAUCGUGUAAACCGUGAUCUGAGUGUAGCUCUAUUUACUUCUUGCAAAAAAUCAAAAUGGCCGUAUACAAGAACUGUUUCUGGUUGUGCGUUAUCGUGUUAUGUACCGUUUUGGCACCGUCGUGGUGUACUACAUCGACAGCGGGGACUUGUACAAAUGUUAAGCAACUUUAUACGGAUCGAGGAUUUCACGAAAUGGAUGUCCCACACACAGAAAUUGAAGGCGAGAAUCUACGCAUCUGUAAGACGGGGAAGACGUGUUGUACGGAGGACAUGGAGAUGAAGCUGUCCCGCUACUGCACGAAGGAAUUCAGUCACCUGCUCGAUGGAUCGUUACAGGUGGUGAGGAGUCAGUUCACGAGACAGACCCGCCGCUUUGACGAGUUCUUCCGCAGCCUGCUGAAGACGUCGCGGCAGCACCUGCACGACAUGUUUCUGCGCACGUACGGACUCUUCUACCAGGAGCACUCGGACGUGUUCCGCGCGCUCUUCGACGACCUUGACCGCUACUACGCCGGCGACGACCUGAGCCUCGUCGAGGCCGUCGACUCGUUCUUCCGCAGCCUCUACCGGCGCAUGUUCAUGCUGCUCAACGUGCAGUUUGUGCUCGACGACGCCUACCUCGGCUGCGUCGCGCAGUACCUCGACGAGCUGCAGCCGUUCGGCGACGUGCCGCAGAAGCUGUCCAUACAAGUGAAGCGCUCGUUCGUCGCCGCACGCACCUUCGUGCAGGCGCUCGCCGUCGGCCGUGACGUCAUCACGGCGGUGUCGGAGAUAGAGCCGACGCAACAGUGCCAGCAGGCGUUGAUGCGCAUGUCCUACUGUCCGUCCUGCAGCGGCAUCACGACGGUGAAGGCGUGCAACAACUACUGUCUCAACAUCAUGAAGGGCUGCCUCGCCUACCACGCCGAACUCAACACCGAGUGGAACAAGUACAUCGGUGAACUGCAGAAGCUGGGUUUGCGGCUGAAGGGUCCCUUCAACAUAGAGUCCGUCGUCGAACCGAUCAACGUGAAAAUAUCUGAUGCCAUCAUGAACUUCCAGGAGACGGGCAUGCAGGUUUCACACAAGGUAUUCUCGGGAUGCGGGCAGCCGCGGAUGCAGCGCACGAAGCGUGCCCCGGCGACGCCGGCAGAGGGCGCCAGCAGUCAGGAACUCGAGUACGAGCCGCUCAAGUUCAAGAACGUCGAGAGCACAAACGAUCGCUCCAACUCCGGGAGUCUCAGCUCGCUCGUGCACGACAUAGAGAAGCAGGUGAAGAACACGGAGUCUCUGUGGCACCAUCUUCCCUACAGCAUGUGCAACAAGGAGGACCUAGCUGCCUCCGCCAGCAACGAGGCAGAGUGCUGGAAUGGAAACCAGAUAUCGAGCUACCUGCCGGAGGUCGUUGGCAACGGGCUGGAGCUGCAGAACAACAACCCAGAGGUGGAGGUGGACCUGACGCAGCCGAACGCCGUCGUCAGCCAGCAGGUGCUCACGCUGAAGCUGAUGUCAGCGCGCCUCACCCACGCAUACAACGGCAUCGAUGUCGAGUGGAUGGACACAGCUCACAUCCAGACGGAGGCAGACAAGCAGCGUGAGGUGUACACAGCAAGCGGCAGCGGCAGCGGCGAUGGCUAUGAUGACAACGAUGAUGAAGAUGGCGACCCGAGGCACAGCGGAGGCAGCGGUUACUAUGACGACACCUACGUAGACGGCAUCGAGGGCACAGGUGAUGGGGAGCCGUCGUAUGGUGAGGACCGACGUUCCAACCAACCCGACUCCGAGUUUGACUUCACGUUACACCCGACUGCAGAGGCGCCCCCUCGUGGUCACCCCUCCAACACACCGCGCCGGCGCCCUGACAGUGGCGCUCCCCACCAGGCGGCGCUCGCGUCCUCGCUCCUGCUGCUGCCUCUCGUCGUCGCCGCCGCGUCGCGCUGGUGAUCGCCCGCCUUGUGGUGCCCCCUGCCGGCGGCACGACGAACACACCGCCUUGUAGUGCCACCUCGUGGCAGCAGUCCGAAUCGGCGCGGCCACCGCCGCCGCGUCCUUUAUAAGUCAAACAAGUAAUCGUCAGCAAUAAUCGUGAUUCACCGAGCGGCGAGAGAGUGCACGUGAGCGAGUGAGUGAUGAGCGAGCACGCGCGUCCACGCCUCGCCUCGCCGCCCCUACAGGAGCCUUAUACCCGCACACAACGCACCGGCGCUUUCAUUGACUUUGUGCCCGCGCGGGAGACAACAAGACGAGAGACCGGAGAGAGGAGGAGACAAGAAACAGGAUGAUGAAACAUAAAAAAUAGAGGAGGACAUGACAAUGACUUCUUGUGGGUUUAUUUGUCGUUAGUUGUUCGACGAUCGAAGUCUGCGUGGUACCGCCGCCGUCACCGCGGGAAGGGCUGGACCCGCAGGAUCCACGCGUGAGCAAAGCGCGGCGACGCGGCCGGGGGCGUGAACCCCAUAGGGCGCUACCGUGCGAGCGACGCACGGUCGCGUCGCCCGGAUGGCGCCAGCGCAUGGUCGGCACGCAAUCAGGUUGUGCGUAUGUAGGUGGCGCCAUCGCCAAUAAGGUUCGUGCGAACGUAGGUGGAGCCACCGUGGACGCGACACGUGGUCCGGUUGUUGUGUAGAAUGUAGGUGGCGCUGCGCAGUCGGGUUGUGACGUGUCGACGGUUGUGCGGAGUCCCUUGUCCUCGUAUAAAUAGAUUCUUAGAAAGGGGGGGAAACGCGUGCGACCCUCACGCAGAAUCACGUGUGAAUUUUAACAGACGAGGGAGAUGAUCGCGAGAGAGCAUUUGUGAGAAUUAUUUUUAUUUAUAUACACAUAUAUAUAUUACACGUACGUGUAUUAAUAGCGAGAGUGUGUCGAGAGCGGCGCCCGUGUGUGCGCCCUCUAGCGGGAGCUAUUAGUAGACGUAUGAAUUCAGUUGGCAGCUGUUGAGCAACUGUUUUAGUUUGUGAGUUUUAGAGAGCGUACUUCCCCCGCGGCGGCAAGCAUUCGACAACCGCCGCGUAAUCGAGCCAGUCGUAAAAUUAUUUUUUAGAGUCGCGAACACGCGAGACGGAUCGUAGAUUUCACGCGGCGGGG